AUGAUUUUACGUGAUCGUGAAGGUGAUGUCAUUUUUGCCGCGAUACGGGUCCUUUUUAACUGUGGUGAUCCCUUGGAAGCCGAGAUGGCGGCGCUGGAUGAAGGACUACAACUUGCUCUUCAUUGGACUAACCUGCCGCUGCUUGUUGAAACGGAUAGUGGCGAGCUGUUAAAGAUGGUGCAGUCGAAAGAUAAAGACCGGUCGAGGUAUGCGUACCGGGUUAAUGAGAUCAGAAGAGUUCUGGCUCAAGAAAGGAACAUUAGUCUAGCUAAGAUCAGCAGGCACGCAAAUUUGGCGAGCCACACCCUAGCUUGUAUGGGUCGCUCGCAACAGCGCACGGCAUGCUGGCUCCGGAAUUCCCCUAGGGAGAUAGCUAGCAUUGUCGAAUCUGAAUGUAAUCAUCAUAGUUGA